CCACCGGCUGACACCCACGCCUGCUCAGGGUUACUAGCAAACUCCAGCUGCUCCGUGGGAGAGCAAAUCCAGAGCAUUCUGCCCCGAGGCCGGCUGCGAGGCGACCCGAGCCAGCGGACCAUGAAACUGACUAAUUGGUUAUAGCCUUGCUGCAGACCCAGAUGAAAGCAAAGCAGAUUCCGCUCGGAUUCCUUCUUCCGGCGCGCCGAACUUCGCACCAAGGUGACACGAGGCCGGCGGGCAGGGAGCCUUGAGCUCUGCUUGAUCCGUCAGCCAUGGAAUUAUUCUUGGGUGCCGAACACGUGGGAGUCACAUGCUCGGGGGCUGCCCUCCCAGCUGCUUCAGGCUCCCUGCGUCAUUGUGCUGGAUGCAGGAAUGUGGGUCUCCGAGCUCCCUCCCCUCAACAAUCCCCACUCGCUCUCCUGACUCCCUUAGGUCUGGUCCUACAUUGGGUAACGUCCAUCCACAUUCUCCCGUGGCUCCACGUACCCUGCCCCAGCUAUCGCCUCUCCUAGACUUGCACACCAGGAGAGGCAGGGAGGUAAGUGGGCCAUGUGAGCUGGAGUGAAAGGAAAGAAACUUACAUUGCUCGGUGGAGAUCACUCAUCGGUGAGAGACAGAGGACAAAAUCCUGCAGGUCAGGGGCAGCCUGGCUACUAUAAGAGCUGGUGGAGAUGGGGCGUGUUCUGCUGCACCUGGGAUUCCUCAUCACAGUUCUCCAGCAGCUAGCCUGCCCGGCUGAGCCGUGUGCGAACACCUCCCACACCCAGCUGCUGGCCCAGGCGGGGGAGAAUGUCUCCAUGAGCUGCCUCUUCCUAGUCUACGACCCCAGAAAGGCCCCGAAGGUCCAGUGGAACUAUAGGGGUGAGACCGAGAGCACGGCUGUCAACCUCUAUCAGACCAGAGAUGGGGUCGAGCGCUCCUCAAGCUACCAGCCACGCUUCCAGGGCAGGACAUGGGUUAACGCCACGGGGCUGGCCCACGGCGACGCCACCCUGCACCUUGCCGGAGUCACAAUGUCUGACCAAGGGAACUUCUCGUGCUGGGUGAGCCUUGGCUUUGACUGCGUGUCGGUGGAGGUGCAGCUCUUGGUCAGUGAACAUAACCAGCAGAGGAUCCUGGACUGCGGGCUUGCAGCCACCUGCUACCCCGGCUUGGUGCUUGCCCUUGCCACAGCAGUUACCCUGUGUGUGUGAGCGCAGGGACGGGGGCUAGACCCCGACUGGGAAAGGAAGCCUCCAUGUGAUCAAAGGGGACAGCCUCCUCCUCGGACAUGCCAGCCUCACUCACAUCCCAGCCCUGCAGAUGGCACGGGGUCCUCCAAGACAGGCUGGCAUGUGAAACACAGACAUUUGGGACACUGAGAGCUUGUCUACACUCAAACACGGUUCUGGCAUGGCUGUGCUUUAGUCUAGACGUAACCUGUGCCAACGGCAGGGCUUUUCCCAUCACUGUUGUUAAUCUACCUCCCCAAGAGACGGUGGGUAGAUCGAUGGAAGAAGUUGCCCCUGCGAUGUCUGGUCGGGGACUUAUAUUGGCUCACCCAUGUUACUCACAUCCCUGGGUGGUGUAAUUAUUCUGACCUGAUUUUCUAUUUUAGACCAGGCCUUGGGGUCUUGCAUUUCUCCUCGCAAGGCAGCCCGCACAUGCUGCUACCGCUGCCUUACCAGCACACAGGGCAUCUGUCCCGGCUUGAAGGGCUUUUCACAAAUGACUCCAUCUCUCAAUGAGUUUACCAGGCAAAAGUGGACAAGCAGCAUCCGGAGUCACGAAGCACCAAAGGGCUCGGAAAGUGAUGUUUCCACUGCAGCUUCUCCUCAAGCCUGAAAUGGAGAAUGUGUCCCACAAAACUGUUUCUCCCUGGUAAACACGCAGCAAACUCGACUCCUGCAGCCUUCCCACAAUCCUUGGCUCCACAGCCAAGCCGUUCAAGGGCCCACCCUGAGAUUUACCGACCCCAUGCCACUUGCUAAUCCUCUUAGGUGCCUUUGUGCAGCUGGCUUUAUCAGCUUUGUGCAGCGACCUCUGGGUGGACUGCUUCCAAUUCCUUACCCUCAGGGCAGGGAGUUUGGAAGAAAGUGCACCAGGGAUGGGGGUUUGUGACAAGGCAGCGGCUUGUCUGCAGUUUCCCGGCAUUGUGAUGGGUGAAGGGAAAACCUGGGCCUUUCCUCCUGCUGCCCUCAGAGACAUUCUCAGGACCACCAGAUGCCACGAGGUGAAGCAGGACAGGUUGUCACUUCGCUGCUUUGGGGGGCUGCUGUCUGUGCCACAGGGCAGCUGAGCUGCACAUCCCCCUGAAUUGUGCAUCUGUAAAGCAGGGGGACCAGGUGCUUCCUCUCUGCUCCGUGCCAGGAGGCGAGACCGAUUCCCUAGUUCUCCUCUUUCCCCCAUUCUGAUCCUAAGGGGGCUGAGUAAACUCACCCUCCCUGCCUUCUGCUCUGUCCCCCGUGGGAGCUAGAGAACCUGCUCACUCCACUGUCAGUCUUAUGAAUCCUGGGAUCUAAAGGGACCAGCUCAGUCUCUCUGCUUGGUCCCUCCAGAGCAGAGGUGGGGAACCUCUUUCUGACCCACAGAAAAUCAGUGGGGGGAACACACACAAGUAAGAAGCAAAAAACAAACAAACAAACCAGAUCC